UUGAGAUGCUUUUAUCAUUCAGACCUCGCCGAAGCGGAGCUGGUGGAACGGGAUGACGAGCAUUUCUCCUGCUCCGAAGGAAUAACCACAGGCGGGACGUCAUCUCGUAUCGUUGACGGCUCGAUCGUGUGCCAGGAUCUUAAAAGAGAGGAUGGAAUCUCAUCCCUCUUACAAGCAAACGAUCGUCUCAGUCCCCUCGAAAAACCACGCAUGGGUGGAUGGUCAAACACGUGGCAGAUUGCUGAAGAGCGCAUCUCAACUGAAGACGAGCAGGAUGACAAAGAAGGGAAACCUCACGACUGGGACUGGCAGUUGAGACGGGUGCUCUCGAAAAGAGCGGCGUUGCGUGUGCUGCUUCGAGGAGUGAAGGGUCGAUCAUCGACGAAUCAAAAGAAUGUUAGCAAAAACCACGUUUUCGAACAUUACGGAGCCAGCGGUGGACAACCGUCAGAAUGUGUGCUCUGUCAUUUUCCGCUCUAUGGCACUGUAGUGCGAACAGUAAAUCUCUGGCCGUGUGAUCCACGAGCAGGGGUUCGUCCAACUACUCAAGAGACGUCUUUGCCGCCAGUUCCACUGCGAACGGCAACAGUUGAGGGUCGAGAAACGACGACACGCAGCGAAACUCUGCUCAGUGACUUGGCUGAAGGAAAUGGCGGCCGAACGCUAACAGCUGGUCACGAAGCUACAACUCCUUCACGUGCAGCAGCUCCUCUCUAUCAAGGUUAUCUGAGCAAGAAAGGUGCCAAAUUCAAACUCUGGGCUCCACGAUGGUUCGAACUCGAAGCCAAUAGUCAUAAAAUGUAUUACUACGAAUCUGAACAUGAUUUGGAGUGUCGCGGUUACAUCGACUUGUGUGAUGUGGGUAGCGUAGAAGUCGAAAAUAAUGGGAACAACAGAGCCAUUCUUGAGCUGCGUACAAAGAAGCGUGUCUAUUCAUUGCUAGCUGAAAAUCGGUUUGUGGCCGAAACGUGGAAGGAGAAAAUUGAAAUUGUUCUCAGAGAAUAA